AAGCAAAUAUAUGUGUUAAUUUAAAACCUUUGUCUUGCAUUCGUCUAUCUGGCUCAAUCGCAAGCCGCACUGUAUCUUGAUUAGAUUUCUUCGUUUGUUUCAGGUGAUAGCGACAGAGCUGUAUAGAAAUGUUCUUCUUGCAAUGUUGGUCGUAUUUCUUGUAACAUUUCUUAUUAUUGCCAACCCUCUCACUUCACUUCUGGUUUUCCUUUGCGUUGUGUUCACCGUGGUAAGUAUGAAGGUCAACAUAAGGGUAAGAAUUGUGAAAACUGGGACUUCAUUCAGUUUCAGAACUUAUCAAAAUCUCUUCCACGCACUUAGUGUAGUUUUAGAUUCGUUCGAAUUGGAUGAAAAUUGGGGAGAGGGAUAGAAAAUGUGUCAGUAGAUAUAGUGUUGCAUAUCUUUCGCGCAUUUACUCAUAUCAUUUCCCGAACUUUGAUGAUCCAACAUAAAGCAAUUAUAUUACUAUAUCUCCCACUGAAUGAAAUUGUCAAGUAUUCUGAGAUCAAUAUUUGACACUGUUAAAAGCAUGAAGAAAAUGCCAUUUCAGAGAUUCAAAACCUUUUCCUAUAGGAGUUAUCACACCUGUAUAGUUCUAGAACUUGAUCUACCUUAUUUCUUCAGGUUAACGUUGCAGGUCUAAUGUACUACUGGAAUUUGACUAUUGAUGUGGUAUCAACCAUUGUGUUGGUUAUUGGUGUUGGUUUAUCGGUUGACUAUGCUUCGCAUGUUGGUCAUUCUUUCUUGGUUCAAACGGGAAACUCCACCGGUAACAUUGAUAAAUUUCUUUGUUUAAUAAUUUUCACCACAUUUCUCAGUGUUUAAUUACUAUUUUCCAAUUGGGUUAAAUUUUCAAAAUGAGGUCGAUUAAGCAGCUCUACGAGUAAAAUUAUCUUGCGCUAGCCAAAGUAUUAACAGAAAUGUUAAGUUUUCUCUCCGGUAAACGCCAACGAUUUUAUUCAACAAAAAACAUUCUUGCACUGUGCAUGAAUAAGGAGUUUACGCAUGUUAGAUGGACGGCGACGUCAGAAAAUUACCUGCCAAGGCUUGAAAUGCUAGCGUAUUUCUAUAUACGUGACAUGAAAAUAUGCGUUUUGCCGUUGUCAACCAAGUUUGGACGACGUCUAAAACCCCUGCUAGACUUUUAAUUAUUUAUUUAUUUUGUACGUACUUGUAGCGCUCUUACAUGCGUUAAUUCCCUAAUUGAAAAAUUAGUAAGAUUUGAUUGUACUUAUUUCAAAAGACCUCAAGCAUUUUCUUUGGAUGCAAAUUGAGAUAUUUGUUUUAAGAAGUUUAAUUGUGAUUUUACUUCUUAGAAAGAACAACAAAGGCAUUGAGAUAUAUUGGUCCUGCGGUAUGGAAUGGUGGAUUUAGUACUUUUCUCGCUAUCGUGCUCUUGCCAUCAUCUGAAUCUUAUAUCUUCAUCACUUUCUUUAAGGUAAGAUUUUAAAAAGCCGACAUUGUAAAAUUUGAGUACUUGUAAAGUUACAUCAGUUAUUAUCCAAAAAAUAUCAAUUUCGUUUCGCGAGCAUGAUCAAAUGGGCGCCUACAUGUUCAAAUUUGUUUCCAAUGGGCCAAUCGGAACAGACGUUCGCGUUGUUCUUACCUAUCUGGCUUUUGCAAAACGUAGUCACUCUCUUCCAAGACUUCAACUGGUAUUAUCUAAGGUUAUCAUUGAGUGUCAUUAGCUCUUUUUGUAGCGGAUCGGCUAUAUAAAUGUGGAGGUUUUAAAGAUUUUAUGUCUUGGCAUGCGAGACUCUUCUUUUUAGCCUCAUGUGACACUUCUUUUUUAGCUUCUAUUUUCAGUACCUUAAACAUUUUUUAUGUAAAUAUUUUAUGCUCUACAUCUUACAGGUGUUAUCUGGGGUCGUAAUAUUUGGGCUUUUCCAUGGCCUCGCAUUUCUGCCUAUCAUACUGUCCAUCCUCUGUCCUUCACCGUAUAAAUCUGCUAUGGAGAGCACGAGUACUUGGCAGGAGACUAAGGCUGGAACACGUCAUACUGCUAAAGUGACGUCAUUACAAGUAAAGCCAAGUGAAACGAUGAAUGAAGAUAUUAAUUCAAACAACAAUGAAUGA